CGCGCAAGGAAAGGCUGAUGAUCAUCACAGAGACUCGUCACGUCACGGAUCCGCAGCGACCGAUAGAGAUGCUGAGGUGACAGGCAGAAGGAGGAAAAAGGGACGGACGACCACACACGGACAUAUUUCACUCCUCCGCUCUUUUUAUUUUUUAAACCACCAUCUUCUUCUUCUUCAUGCACGGUUCGCUCGCGAUGGGAUUCCGCUCGACGUCGUCCCCGCCGCCCUCAAACCUAGAGGAUUUUGUGUAACCACACCCGGCUCUUCUUUUGGAUCAAGGAUUGGCAGCAAAGACCCGAGGGUUCUCCAUCAAGGCCCAAAUGCCCGGCCCAGUCUGAGGCUGCUGGUUCGAGGGCAGGGGUGGGGGGGGGGGAAGCAGUGAGGACAGCGUCCCGGGUCCACAGACGGGAUGAGCGGGGGAGUGGAGCAAGCUGACAUCCUAAGCGUGCUCUCCCUGGUCAAGGAACGAUGGAAAGUGGUGAAGAAGAUCGGGGGCGGCGGGUUCGGGGAGAUCUACGAGGCGGUGGACCUGCUGACGCGGGUCAGCGUGGCGCUGAAGGUGGAGUCGGCCCAGCAACCCAAACAGGUGCUCAAGAUGGAGGUCGCGGUGCUCAAGAAGCUCCAGGGUAAAGACCACGUGUGUCGCUUUGUGGGAUGCGGCCGCAACGACCGCUUUAACUACGUGGUGAUGGAGCUUCAGGGUCGUAACCUGGCUGACCUGAGGAGGAGUAUGACCCGGGGAACCUUCAGCAUCAGCACCACCCUGCGUCUGGGGCGCCAGAUCCUGGAGGCCAUAGAGAGCAUCCACUCCGUUGGCUUCCUGCAUCGUGACAUCAAACCGUCCAAUUUCGCAAUGGGCCGCUUCCCGAGCACCUGUCGGACCUGCUACAUGCUGGACUUUGGUUUGGCUCGUCAGUUCACCAACUCCUGCCAGGAGGUCCGACCUCCCCGGCCCGUGGCAGGGUUCAGGGGAACGGUCCGCUAUGCAUCCGUCAAUGCACAUAAGAACAAGGAGAUGGGCCGUCACGAUGACCUGUGGUCUCUCUUCUACAUGCUGGUGGAGUUUCUGGUCGGUCAGCUGCCGUGGAGGAAGAUCAAGGACAAAGAACAUGUGGGGAAGCUGAAGGAUACUUACGACCAUCGCCUGAUGCUCAAACACCUGCCGGCAGAGUUUGGCGUGUUCUUGGAGCACAUCUCCAGCCUCGACUACUUCACUAAGCCUGACUACCAGCUGCUGAUGUCAGUGUUUGACAACAGCAUGAAAACCUACAACGUUGUGGAGAAUGACCCUUAUGACUGGGAGCGGACCGGCACCGAUGGCACUCUGACAAUCAUUGCCGUUGCCACAACGCCGCAGCAUCACACCCGCCUCACUCCGGCACACAUGGGUAUGGCGAAUGCCUCCCUGAUACCUGGCGACCUGCAGAGGGAAAACACAGACGAGGUUCUGCAGGACGAGCAGCUCAGCGACGUGGAGAACAACCCCGCUCCGGAGCGCCUGCCGGGUUCUCCCCUCCACCCGCACCGCAACCAGGAGGCGGAUGUCUGGGAGGAGCUGGACCGCAACCGUAACCGCAUCCGGACGGCAGUCUGGAAGGCGGGAACGGAGGAGGAGCACAGCAACAACCAGGGCAACCAUGGACACCAGAGCCCCUAUGCUGGGCCCAGCCUGGGUUCCCCAGUCAAACUGCAAUCUGAGGUGGUGGCUUCAGACCGCGAUGGCCCGCUGCUGAGGAAGCUCCGCAACAUUCACAGUUUUGACCUGGAGAGGAGGCUUACCCUGGAGGCCAAGCCCAGUCCAGAGCGCUUCCUGGAGACCUGCUCAGGAAAGCAGCAGCUUGGCGCCCAGCACCAGGAGAAGGAGGCCGACGGUGCUGCAAUUGUUCCAGUAACUCAGGGUCAAGCUGAACCAGCCGGGGAGCGUCCCGAUAGGGUCUGGCACUAUGAUGAGGAGUUCUUGUCUGGCGGUGGUUCUCCUAAACCAGCAUCCUGUGGAUCUCUGGAGCAGGGAGAGGGGGCAGCCAUUAGCGGGGGCUUUGUGGCCCUCAAUCUGAGCUCUGGGAGGCAGGACAUUGACUCGAGGGAGUGGGUAAUGGUGGAGCGGCCCAGUGGCUCUCCAGGAGCCAAGGUUGCCUCCGAGGAGGAGGAGGAGGAGGAGGACGAGGACGAGGAGGACGAGGAGCCAGAGGUGCUCCAGCCAGGGGAUCAGUCUCCUGGAUGGGAAAGGGGAUAUCCGGGCCCUCACUCUGGCAAAGCUAAACAAGAGAGCAUGACUUCCUCCAAGGGAAGUGCAAAAGUGGACAAGUUGGAGCUUAGCGUGGGCCCUGCAGGGGCUCUGCCCACCGCCACUCCAUCCAGCCCAGCUCUGGCUGAGGGAGUUCUCACUCAGUUCCCCACCUCUCCUCCAUCCCUGCCUGAGGAGGUCGCCAUGCGGACAUCCAGCCCCAUCCCUCUGCGCUCUCCCAGCCCUCACACACUCCUGACCACCUUGUCGGACCCGUUGCACCUGCGCCAUCCGCCGGGCAUGAGGCGCAGCCAGUCCGUCGACCCGCAGCAGCAGCAGGAGCGCCCCUCCUCGUCCUCCUCCUGCCACGCCUCCCUACCGCUACCGCAACACCCCGCCCCUGGCACCCGCUCACCCGGUCGCAGGAAACUGCCGGCCAUCCCGGCGGGUGCCGCCAACGCCAAGUUUCCCUCUGUCAUACGCAUCACUCGCGCCCAGCUUCAGCAGUUGACGGCUCAGCGUCCCUCUGGGCUGUCCUCCCAGUCAGGAUCGGACAGCGCGCCACAGUGCCUCCUGCUGGAGAGGCGUGGUGAGGCUGAAGCUGAAGCCCAGCAGCUCCAGGAGCACACAGCGGACAUCAGCUCCCCCCAGGACCAUGUGCUCACCCAUCCAGGGACACCCACAGACCCCCUGGCUGAGAUACUGGUCAAUGGAAACAUCCGCACCAAAGCUCAAAGUCCCGCUCCGAACCGCGCGUCAUCCCCACGCUCCCCCCGCUCUCCUCACUCGCCUCCUCUGCGCUCGCCUUCCUCUCCACGCUCUCCACACUCUCCAUGCUCUCCUCGCUCUCCUCACAGCCCUGUGUUUGCCAAUGGCCACCUCUCCCCUCCUGUUAACAGCCAAAGGGAUUUAAGUAGCGGAGCAUUCCCCAAGCUGAAAGACCCUGAGAAGGACUCUGGCUCGACUCUCUGUGCCAUGGAGCCUCAGCUGAGGGGGGAGGUUAGUAGAGAAGUGAACCAUGCCCCAGAUCAGACCAACGGACCAGUCUCCUCCUCCUUCCCGGUUGCCCUCCGUAAGGACCCCAGGCGGAGGCAAAGUCGCAUCCCGGUCCUGGAACCCUCCAGCCUGCUGGAGCUCCCUCCUGCGGGGUCUGCGAAGGAGAAACUCCUGCAGAAGAAAGCCAACCACCAUGGCCCGGUCCCCUCUCCCACUGCCUCGCCGUCGCUCUCCGAUAGGCGUGGCCCCAUGGUGGCCUCCCUUGCUCGGGACCCGCUGUCCUCCGCCUCGGACCGCUCUCAGGACGAGGACUCUCUCAUGGGCUCCCGUUCUGACCGCCAGGGAGACGACGCUCCUUCCCUCUCCUCCUCCUCCAGCCCUCUGUCCCGCAAGAGCCGGAUCCCUCGUCCUGUUCACUCAUCUUCCUCCGCUGAGCAUCUGGCCGCCCAAUUCCUGCCGCGCCCGCCGCCUGGAAAGCCACCGUGCCGCCCCACAGCGGAGGGCAGGCUGAGGCGUUUACGCAUCCGGGCGGGCAGCAACAGUGACUCAGACCUCCUGACAUGCCUUGCUCAGCUGAUGCAUGGUUCCCGUGGCUCGCCACUUCACCAUCGCUCCUCAGCCCAGCACGGGGGCUCCAGGACGGGCGUCUGCAGCCUGACGAGCUCUCCGCAUCACCACCGCAGCUCUAGCGCCUCCCCGCGCAGCUCCUCCUCCCUGCAGCGUUCCGUCAGCUCCUCGCCCUCCCGCCACGAGCACCGCGGCGGCGGGGGAGGGGGUUGCCUCGGCCGCAGCCGCUCGCCUCCCAGCUUCUCGGGCUCUCCGCCUCCCCGCCGCUUCUACACCCACCACCAGGAGACGUGCUGCACCCGCCAGGCUCGCACCGGCCCCUUCCACCUGUCCCGGGGAAAAGGCUGUAGCCGAGACGGCAAGUGCUCCAGCAAGCUGAGCAGAUAGUUGCCCUCCAUGUUGCGCUGCCAGAGCAGAGGAUGGGAAGACUCUUAUUAUGAUGGGGUAGACCGCAGUGUCCUUCCUGUAUAAGUUCCCCUUUUUUCGCUGUCAGUCCGAACCUUACACUUGUCCCGCUGUUCCCCACUGUUCCUGUCAGUCCUUCUAUUCGCACACAGGCUCAUUCAUUUAUGUGCCCAGCUUUAAAGGGGCACUCCGGCAAUUUGAUAAUGCACUUCAACAAAGUUGUUCAGCCGAGAGACGGAUUUGAAAAAGAACGAUCAACAUCUGUGCGGCAGAAACUGAGAUAUCUCCACGUUUAGUCCGUUAAGCUCCAAAAAUGUUGGUCCCUACAUUUCCCAUAAUGCAACUCAAUGUGCCGACUUCUUCUUUUUGCAAUGAAGGCUUUCUGUUAAAAAGUCUCGAGCACAGUCUGACGUUCACAGGCUGAAUAGUACUCUUGAUGACGAGUCAGCUGAACAGGAGUGCCCCUUUAAGGUAACUUAUUAGACGAUUGAUAUCGACAUGUCAGGGUCCUCAUUUUAUUUAUAUUAUCAUGUUGGAGAGCGAAAUAGUACAGCUGCAAACUUUAACCCAAUGCAGCCAGUACUAUGAUAUGUAAAUCUAUAGUUAGUUGGGCCAGUGGGCACAUAAAUAAAUCAGUUCUCUGUUUAUUCAUCUUCAUGCAUCCUGCACCACAGUAUAAUGUAACUUAUUUAUCCCCAGUAUUGAUGCACUUGGAUGAUGCUGAUGGAAUAUCAGUGUAGCUGAUCACAACUGAAUUAGAUAUUGGCCUGGGGUUGACUGCGUUGUCUCCUCUGCAUUCGGAGAUUGCAGGCAGUGUAUGCUAUUUACUUUAUGCUACAUGUGAAUGCAUAAAGCCUGAGUUUGUGUACAGUUGUAUUUAUUGAGAUAUUUAUUUUGAUGCUUAGCUUUCGACUCCUACCCUCCUCGGUGUGACAGUGGACGUGUGGUUUUGUGUCCCUCACAUUAGUUUUUAAACAUUUAAAAAUCAAAGGGAUGACUCCAAAGUGACCCUUUUAUACAAUCAAUCAUGUCAAGUGCGUGAGGACACACACACCUUUUUGUGCCUACUGUGUUGCUGAGAAGGGAAUCAAAAACGCCCCGACGGCUGAAGGCUUUACAGGUUAGAAUGGUGGUCGUUGUUCAGUAGUAGCAGAAGUAUCGGCUUAAGCAACACAAGGUGCAUUACCGAUGAGUAAUGUUCAGACACAGAUGUUUGUGUCAGCGUGUGCCUUGGCACUUUGGGCAGCUUGAGGAUUCACUUUGUUUGUAACGAGGCAACAAAAAAGGAGCCAAAAACUUGUGCCAGCGGUUCAAAGACGACCCUUUUCACCAGUAUUCUUUCAAUGUAGAAAAGGUAGCAACACAGAUGUUUGUAAAUCAAUUUGAGCCACAGUUUACUGGAGUAGCUUUUAUUUGUAAAGACAAAAAAGGAAAUAUUUGAAGUACAACCUGUCUUUGCUGUCCUGUGUGUACACACCAGGUCAGUGUUGGAGAUAAAACUUUGAAAAACAAAUGUGAAUUUCAGACCUCAAACAUUUUGUCAAAUGCUAUUGAAAAUGGAGGCCAUAUGUACAUAUAUAUUCAUCAAAAAUGAUGUUCCAUGCUUCCAUGUGCAAGAAUGUUUUAGCUUCUUUUUUUUUUUUGUUCCUCCUUGCGCCGCAGAAUGUCUUUCAUAUGAUGACGUAUGUUUGUGCACAAGGGGAAGGAAUCAGAGUAUUGUUUGUGUUGUAUUUAGUUAGGAUUCCUCACUGAAACUCUCCUCCACACCCUCCUCUGCUUGUAAGAUACUGUAUAAUACCUCCAGCUUCCUUCCAAUGCUACAAUUUGCAUGCACAACAGAGAAAACACAGAAUCAACUAGUGAGUAAAAAAAAGCUGCAUACCACCUCCCGCUCACACGUCGUCUUAUCUUGUGAAGAUUUUAACCCGGCAGUGACUUCAUCACUUUUUAAAAAAAAAAAAAAAAAUCUACAUAUUUUCUCUUUCCCAUCUCCGUAUUCUUUCACUGUUCCUCUUCCCACCUGAUGUACGAGUAGUUGUCUGCGCUUCCUGCACUUGACCCGGGAUAUAUUGUGUUGCUGGAAUAUGAUAGACUGUAUUUUUUACCAGUGCAACUAACUGACAUGAUGCACAAAAUAAUUAAACCAGAAAAAUAAUAAAAGGAGAAAAGUCUUCGCUGUGUUUUAAAGCACUUGUAUUGUAGGAGAAACGCACCGGUUGACAAUAGCAGUUAUAACAAAGACAUGGCUGCACAUUGCCAAAUAUUUUGAUAGAUUUUACAGAUGUGGCUUGAAUUGAGAUGUGAUAAACAUGGGAGCGUAUAGUGAUUUGAAUGGGCAUGUUGCUUUGUACAUGUAUAAAGUGUGCUGUUUCAUGCAGCUAUGAUGACUCAUCCUGAAGGCAGACAGCGUUCAGUCAGUCAGUCGCCUUAAUGUCUCCUCUCUGCCCCUCUGUGCAUAGCGAGGGAUGACUGAGCCUUGUCUGUGUUGGACAUCAUUCCACUAUUCGGCCAAGACUUCCUGUCACUUAUCUCUCUACCGUGUGUGUGUGUGUGUGUGUGUGUGUGUGUGUGUGUGUGUGUGUGAAUGGGCAUGUGCUACCAUGCCGGUAUCGGCGUGGUCAAUAUAUCACCAGUGAAACCAGUGCUGUCGGACUCUUGUGCUUACACAGCUGUGCUUCUACCGGAGAGCUCCCUGUUCUUUGCUGUGAGAAUGAGCGGAGGCCAUUUAUCGAACGACGAGCUGGAAAUGGAAAAUUUGGAGAUGGAAAUGGAAAACUGUAUGCCCUCAAACAAGGGGCGGGCAAUUUCUACACGUCGCCAGCAAUCAGUCCCUCUUUUAACUCACUAUUUCCAGAUAUUUGCAAGCUUUCAAAGUUCGGAGCGCUGUUGCGCAGACUUUUAAUAUAUACCUGUAAAAUAUGAAGUAAUUAUUUAAAUACAAUAGUUAUUGUAAAACCAUAACUUAUACGCUAACGGGCUUCAGUGGAAGGGAGGAACAGACGCUAAACUGUGCUGCUGGGUCUAAAAGAUAAUCAGAUUUCCAGGUUUUUUAAAUAAUUAUUGCACAUAAGUGGUGUGAAGUUGUAGUACUAUUGUUACCAUCCAGAUGAGAUUUUCUUUGUCACGUUUGAAAGUGGCCUGCUCAUAGACAAGUGUCAUAUUUAUAGUAGCUUGCCGGGUAUUUGUGGUUACAGAUACGCAAAGGCCAACAGAACAAACCCAGCUGUUUUUAUUUUAUUUUGAAAGGUGAGAAGGAAACUAAUGGCAUAACAUCAGAUUACUUGUUAGUAACUUCUAAAUACUUGACAAAGAUUAUUUAUUGUGACAGUUGCUAAUUUGGCCAUCCAUCAUUUUGACUUCAAUUGUCAGAAUUUUUUAAUGGUUGAUAUUUUGUGUUGUAAUGUUUGUCAUGGUUUAGAAAUGUAACUACAGUCUCAAGGAAAGAAUGUAACACGUGGGAGUUUUUCAUUGUAUAUAACUGUAAUUAUUUAUGUUUAUUCUAUCAUUUGUAUCAUAUCAAUGCCUUGUACAGUGUUUCUUUUUUCUUUUUUGUUUUAAAAUUAUUUUGUAUUUUAUUUUUAUAAACUGGUUAUAAAUAAAAUACUCAUUCCGCAUGCAGACAGAA